AAUGUGACUUGUAGAAGUUUAUAUGCAGAAAUGGAAUAUAUAACCAGAAACAUCUGUAUUGCUACCAUUUUCUUGCUCUAACUUUACCACUCAAAAAUCAUCUCCCUUGACAUGGAGAGAGGGGAAAUAAGGAGAGAAAAAGGAAUGUAAAGGAAGGGCAGCAGUAUUUAGAAAAGGAACAGCUUAAGAGAGGAGAAGAUUGGGGAGAAAUGGAGACGUUUAAACUUCAGACUUUAAUUUUCUGAUUGCCCAGGAAGAAUGGAGAUUGAUUCUAACCUUAUUUCUAUAAAGUUUUCCAUCUAUGUAUCUUACAAUCUUUAGCUUUUCUUGAUUUCAAGGCAUCUGUCAAAUUAUGCUAGUGCUGUUAGUUAUUCUUGUCAUUACUGUUAAAGCUAUUGCUAAAAGAUUGAUGACCAGCAUUGUACUGAGAAAGUGCUUUUUGUCCUGUUUAAAAAUAGUAAUAAGUGUUCUACUUGCUUGGUUAAAAAACAAAAACAAAAAAAAAGAGGAAAUAAAACCAAACAAACCCGAAGUGUCAUUUGAGAACAUUGCUAAGGUAAAUGUGCAUAUAAUUAGUAUGGUUAUUUUGAAAUCUGUGUCCAAAGGAAAAUACACCUGGGUGAUGAAAGUCUAGCAACAUACAGACUUAGAGUUUGAUAUGACUACUGCAUUCAUGAAUAAUGUAGAAAAAGGGUAUUACAUCAGUGGUGUUUCUGCUGUAAUGAGGAAAGUGGGAUUUUAAUAGCUUUUUCCAUUAAAUUAUUACUGUAGGAGGAUAGAAAAUUGAAGCAGGAUUAAUCCUCCAUCCACUGCCCUAGCUACAGCUUAUUCAUCUUAUGGUGAUUUGAAGAUAAAGACUGCUUGGUGCUUCUAGUUCCUGGAGGAAGGAAAGGCUUGGAAGUCUUGACAGGGGAGCAGAAUCCAAGGAGAUUUCAACUAUCCUAAGAAAAAGGUUCUGCAACUAUGACCUCUUCUCAAGUCACUUUUGAAGUAAGAGGUCCAUCAGCACCAGGGGAGGUUUUUGCAAUAUGUGGGAGCUGCAGUGCUUUGGGAAAUUGGAAUCCGCAAGUUGCAGUGGUCCUACAAACUGAAGAUCGUGAAUUAUGGAAAGCUACUGUAGAGCUUCCCAGAGGAGUUCCUGUUUCGUAUCGGUAUUUUAAAGGGUACUUCCUAGAACCUAAGACUAUCGAUGGUCCCUGCGAAGUCAUAGUUCACACGUGGGAGACUCAUCUACAACCACGAUCAAUUACCCCUUUAGAAAAUGAAAUUACUAUUGACGAUGGAUACUUUGGAAUCCAUAAUGGUAUUGAAACUGUGGAUGCUGGGUGGCUGACAUGUCAAACAGAAAUAAGAUUGCGUCUGCAUUAUUCUGAGAAGUCACCCGUAGUAAUAACUAAGAAGAAAUUUAAAACAUCAAGGUUUAGAGUAAAACUGACUCUAGAAGGCCUAGAGGAAGAUGAGGAUGAUGAAGAGGGCCAAGAAAAAACAUCCCCCACUGUCCCUCAGAAAAUGGCAAACACUGUGGAGUUCUCCUUGAUAAGUAACAAUGAAUAUAAAUGUCGACACUCUCAGCCAGAGUGUGGUUAUGCUCUGCAGCCAGACCGAUGGAUAGAAUACACCAUACAAACCAUGGAGCCUGACAACUUGGAAUUAAUCUUUGAUUUUUUUGAGGAAGAUUUAAGUGAGAAAGUAGUACAAGGCGAUGUGCUCCCUGGUCACGUAGGUUCUGCCUGCCUCCUCUCAUCCACAAUUGCAGAACCUGGAAAGAGUGCUGGACUUCUUACACUUGCUAUUAUGAGCAGAAAUCAGAGGAAGACAAUUGGAAAAGUUAGAGUGGACUAUAUAAUUAUUAAGCCAAUCCAGGGAUACACAUGUGAUAUGAAAGCUUCAUAUGCAAAAUAUUGGAAACCAAGAACAACUCUAGAUGUUGGACACAGGGGAGCAGGAAAUUCUACAACAACAGCUAAACUUGCUAAAGUUCAAGAGAACACUAUUGCUUCUCUGAGGAGUGCUGCUAGUCAUGGAGCAGCAUAUGUGGAAUUUGAUGUACAUCUUUCUAAAGAUCAUGUGCCUAUUGUGUACCACGAUCUCACGUGUUGCAUGGCCAUGAAAAAGAAACUGGAUACAGAGCCUGUGGAACUGUUUGAGAUUGCAGUCAAAGAACUCACGUUUGAUCAGCUCCAGUUGUUGAAGCUUGCUCAUGUGACUGCCCUGAAAGUAAAAGAUCACAAUGCAUCUUUUAAAGAAGAAGAAAACUCUGCUUUUGAGACCCAGCCAUUUCCUUCUCUGCAGAGAGUCUUGGAAUCUGUUUCAGAAGAUGUUGGGUUCAACAUAGAAAUAAAAUGGAUCUGCCAACAAAGGGAUGGACAGUGGGAUGGCAACUUGUCAACUUACUUUGAUAUGAACCUCUUUCUAGAUAUUAUUUUAAAAACUGUUUUAAUGAAUGCUGGAAGAAGAAGAAUUGUAUUUUCCUCUUUUAAUGCAGAUAUUUGUACAAUGGUUCGACAUAAGCAAAAUAAGUAUCCUGUGUUAUUUCUCACCCAAGGAGAAUCUAAACUCUAUCCAGAGCUUAUGGAUCUUAGAUCUCGUACAACUCCAAUUGCCAUUACUUUUGCACAGUUUGAAAACUUACUGGGAAUUAAUGUACACUCUGAAGACCUGCUGAGGAAUCCGUCCUUUAUUAAAAGGGCCAAAUCUAAAGGCCUAGUUAUUUUUUCAUGGGGUGAUGAUGCAAAUGACCCAGACAACAGGAAGAAGUUGAGAGAAUAUGGUGUUCAUGGGCUAAUAUAUGACAGGAUCUAUGACUCGAAUCCUGAACAACCAAAUAUAUUCCAGGUGGAGCAGCUGGAACGUCUGAAGAAAGAAUUACCAGAGUUGAAAAGCUGUGUGUGUCCCACAGUUAGCCACUUUAAAUCCAUAUCUCCAUGUAAAUGUCAUCAUAGUUGCCUGGAUGAGAAAGCUGUAGAUAACUUGAAGAGUGUUCAAAUGCAAAAGGACUGAAUCUAGGUAGAAUGUUGGUUUGUAUCUAUUUAACUUUCACCAUUGGAGCAGUGCUGUCUACGCCUUCAGGUUUGUUAGUUUUAUUUUUAAGGCCACAAAUAGCAAUAACUGUGUUCCUCGUUCCUUGACAGUACUUGUUAAAGUUUCAAACAAUGUUGUUCAGCCAUUUAUAGUUACUGUUCCAGUUUACAUAUACAAUUUUAAAUUUUUCUUAUAAUUAAGUCUCAAAUCCUGAAAAAGAAAAUCAAGUAUUAACACUAAGUGUGUUUUUAAAAUAAAAUAAAAAAUUAAGUAGUCUGUGGAGUGGAAGCUCGAACUAAAUUGUAGGGAAAUUACAGUGAUCUGGUACUGUAUUUCUGAUAUCGAGUGUGCUGAAAAGUUGUUUUGACUUUGGUUUUACUUCAGUGCUAGAGCUUGUCAGCCUGUAUGACAACAGAAAAUUAAGAGUGAUUGUAAGAUACAUCUAAUUAGAUCUGGCCUGAAUAAAAUGGUACCUCAUAUAUGUAUUUGCACUGAUAGAUCCACCUGUACAAAGCUUUGUGCCAUUUUAAAAUAUGUACAUAUUUUUAAUUGAACUGCAAUGCAUAUUAACUUGAUUUUUCUCCCCACUUCAUUGGACACGUAAGCUGCUGCCAUUAUUUUCUGAUUUGCCAGCUCAUUGGUACAGUGUCUGUGUAUAGCAGCCAGGGGUGAACCACGUGUGAUUUUUUUUUUUUCAUUAAUUUCACACAGGCCUGCUAAACUUAGAAAUGUUGCUAAUAAUUUUGAUGGAAUUACAGAAACAUCUUCAGUGGUUGAGAAUUUUUUUUGCACAGAACCUUAAUGAACAGAAUACAUACCAUGCACAAACUAUAAAAUGCAUGCUUUACUUAUCAAGCAUGAAAUUUAGGUGUUUGCUGAGGUCCUUGCACCUUUAUGGUGCUAGUUAUGUGUGAAGGGUGCAAGGACUAACUCAACUACUUAAUCUUUGCCUAAAACCACAAGCCUGUUAUGCACAAACAUUUGAAGGAAAAGCUAUACCAUACAUAGUUUGUCUUAUUUACAUAAUAAAAGCUACUAGCUUUUGUAUUUUCCAAGAUUUUUUUUUUCUCCUCAGAACAAGCAUCUCAAAUGUACUGAAAUCAGAUAAUUGGUAUUCUGUUGGCUGGUAUCUAUCCUCUGUAAUUUAUUACAAAGUCAGUUUAUUGUUCCUCAUAGAUAGUUAUGCAUGUCCUUUUCCUCCUGAAGUUGCAAGUCAUGCCAACACAACAGCUGUAACUUUCUAUUGAAGUGUUAAUGUAUAAUAAGAAUGGAAAAUAUUUAUUUUUUUCUCUUGUAAAUUGACAAUGAAAACAA